AUGCUAGUGCUGAUUCUUCGACGUCUACUCUCUAUGCAGAACAUGACACGCGCUCAACUCAGCAAAGUGCGGGAUCGUGCUCAAGCCGUGGCAUCUGCUGAAAAACUGCUGGAAUGCGUACCAGUCUGCAUGCUGAGCUUCCCUGAGAUUUGUUCGGAAGAUACCUUGGCGUUGUACAUGCACGAGGGAGCGCAGCUAGUUGAGCGGCGUGUUCGCUCUUGUGCAGUGUGGAAAUGGCGGUAUGAUGGAGUAACUCCGAGCCCGGUGUUAUUUCGGGGAGACAGCGAUGAAGAACCGAAUUUGCUUACGCCGUUCACCCGUUUAUCAUCAUGCAGAUCUUCUAUGUCGUCAGCUUCAUUUGGCCUUAACAGGUAUUUCGCCUCAAAAAACGCCCAUCUCACGUCGGAGUCCACGUUGGGAGGUGGUUUUCUUGCUGAACUGGGUGGAUCCGCUUCACACUCUCUAGAUGGCAGUGUUAGUCCGGUGGAAGAAGAUUCUGAAUUCAUUCUACCUCCAAUUAAGUUCGUUCAGCAAUCUGUAAAUUGUCCUGCUCUUCAGUUCGUCAUGAGUUGGUUUUUUAGCACUUCAUCGAUCAUGUCCUCGUCGAUGGUUGAUUACUUCCAGCUGUGUGACGACUUGUCGGAAAGUGAAGAAUCGCCCACUAGUUCUGAGCGUAAGGAUCAAGACCUACAAGUAAUCGGGAAGAAGAUUCCAUGCCAGAAACAGGAUUCCAUCUCUGAGCCUGAAUCAGCGGCCACAGGGCAAGGAUUUGACACUGAAGCGGAAAUGGCGCGAUCAUUUGUGCUCAGCGGUUGGGCUGAUGUAGAGGACUUGGACACCUUCAUAUCCCUAUUGGAUCGAAGAUCCGUGCCUAGCAAGCAGAAGAUGUCGUCAGCUGAAACUAUGGCCUUCAUCGAUUCAAAGUUGCAAUACAUGAGAGAGAUGGAAAGUGAGAAAGCGGAAGUUCCACCAAAGGAGGCUGUUGUGAAAGAAAGGGAACCGGUGGUACCAGUACAUGGACAGCCGAUUGAAGGCGGAGCAGACAACUCACUUCUUCUCGAAUGCUUGUUGACGCAACUCGAAGAAAUGUCGGACCAUUCGCUAGCCUUCAACUUGCAACUGGCAAAUGUAUUGUGCUCGUUAGCCGCGUAUCCACAACCUCUACUGGUGGCCAGUAUCUUCAACACCAACGCUAACAGUAAAGUCCCCGAUUUGCUCAAGGUGCUGUCCAAGUUGAAGCAGCGAGUCGACGCUGCAGCAUCGAGCAUCGAAGGCCUGGAUGUUUAUGUUGGAAGAGCACUGCGAACGCUCAACGGAAGAGCGGAGAAAAUGGAGCGGCAUUUCGAUGGCUAUCGGAUUCUCCCACGUGACGAUGCCUUCGCCCCUGUAACUUCGCUACUUCGCGGACGUCCAUUUGGUGGCUCCGGAAGGAGAUCGCAUGGGAUCAGGUAUCACAGUCACAAAGCGGUCGAGUCAGAGGCGGCAGCUCGUGACGACGCGGCGACGAAGAACAUCGUGCACGCUGCGAUCGUGUUGGCGAACCUGUGCCAAUUCCUGGCCGGGAUCGCUUUGCAACAGUCGGUUGUGGUUGUCACUAACUCAGCGCGUUGA